UCAAGUUUCUACAUUUUGCCAGGCCAGACUUGGCACAGUUUCCCCCCCUGUGCCGUCAUAAUUUCAGAUCUCGCGGAGAAGCCUGGAGUGUAAUCAACCCUAGCCAGGGGGAAUCUCAGGGCGGACGCUCAGCAUCAGCCAUGUCGACCCUUCUGCGCUGCGUCUCCACCUCUUCUGUGGUUUUGUUCCAGCGAGGGGCCCGUCAGAAGAUACCUGGAAGGAGGAAUUUCAGGACCUUCCCUGUGUUAUGGGACCAAAAGGCCUCCAGAGGAGUUCUCUACAAGGACGUGAUGGUUGGCGUUCCUAAAGAGACCGUACAGAAUGAGCGUCGUGUGGCUUUGUCUCCCGCUGGGGUGCAGGCGCUGGUCAAACAGGGAUUCAUGGUACAGGUGGAGAGCGGAGCUGGAGAAGAGUCCAAGUUCUCUGAUCAGCAGUACAAAGAUGCUGGAGCCACAAUCACUGACGUCAAGGGGGCCCUUGGCUCAGAUUUGGUCCUCAAGGUUCGAGCCCCCAGUCCGAGCGAGGCAGACCUCCUCAAGCCAAAGUCCACCCUGGUGAGCUUCGUCUACCCGGCACAGAACCCAGAGCUGAUGAAGAAGCUGUCAGAGAGGCAGAGCACUGUGCUGGCCAUGGACCAGGUGCCCCGAGUCACCAUCGCACAGGGCUACGAUGCACUCAGCUCCAUGGCUAACAUUGCUGGGUACAAGGCUGUGGUUCUGGCUGCUAACCACUUUGGCAGGUUUUUUACUGGUCAGAUCACAGCUGCAGGAAAAGUACCUCCUGCUAAGGUUCUGGUUAUUGGAGGUGGAGUGGCUGGUUUAGCAGCAGCAGGUGCAGCAAAGUCAAUGGGAGCUAUCGUCAGAGGGUUUGACACCAGGCCGGCAGCCCUGGAGCAGUUCAAGUCAUUCGGAGCCGAGCCUUUAGAAGUGGAAGUCAGUGAGUCUGGUGAGGGCGUUGGAGGAUACGCCAAAGAGAUGUCUAAGGAGUUCAUCGAGGCUGAGAUGGCUCUUUUUGCUAAGCAGUGUAAAGAGGUUGACAUUCUCAUCAGCACUGCUUUGAUCCCAGGGAAGCGAGCCCCCAUUCUCAUCAAGACGGAGUUUGUGGAGUCGAUGAAAGAUGGUUCUGUGGUGGUGGAUCUGGCUGCAGAGGCAGGGGGAAACAUUGAGACCACCAAGCCUGGAGAGUUGCACGUUCACAAGGGAGUUACACACAUUGGCUAUACAGACCUGCCUAGCCGCAUGGCCUCUCAGGCCAGCACUUUGUACUCCAACAAUGUCCUGAAGCUGCUGAAGGCCAUUAGCCCUGAUAAGGAAUACUUCCACUAUGAGCCUACAGAUGACUUUGACUAUGGAACCCUUGACCAUGUCAUUCGUGGGACCAUGGUUAUGAAGGAAGGCAAGAACAUGUUCCCGUCCCCCCUCCCCAAAACAACCCCCCCAGCCCCAGUGAAACAGAAAUCAGUGGCAGAGUUGAAAGCUGAGAAAGCUGCUGUGGUCUCUCCCUUCAGACGGACCAUGACCUCUGCGAGUGUCUAUACUGCAGGUGUGUCCACCUGUCUGGCUCUGGGCAUCAUCUCCCCCAACGCAGCCUUCACUCAGAUGGUCACCACCUUUGGCUUGUCAGGGAUUGUGGGCUACCACACUGUAUGGGGCGUGACCUCCGCUCUGCACUCCCCUCUCAUGUCUGUCACCAACGCCAUCUCAGGUCUGACAGCAGUUGGAGGUCUGGUGCUGAUGGGAGGAGGUCUCACACCCUCCUCCCUGCCCGAGAGUCUUGCUCUUGCUGCUGCGUUUGUUUCCUCCAUCAACAUUGCUGGUGGCUUCCUGAUCACUAAGAGGAUGUUGGACAUGUUCAAGCGGCCCACUGACCCUCCAGAGUACAACUACCUGUACGCUCUGCGGGGUUGUUUUGUGGGAGGAUAUGGAGCCUCAGUUGCUGCUGGAUAUAAUGUUGAGCAGAUGAUGUACUUGGGCUCUGGCCUGUGCUGUGUUGGGGCGCUGGCAGGUCUCUCUGCACAGGGAACCAGUCGCCUGGGAAAUACCCUGGGCAUGAUGGGAGUUGCAGGCGGCAUCGCUGCCACCCUCGGCGCCCUCAAACCUUCUCCAGAGUUGCUGUCUCAGAUGUCUAUGGCCAUGGCCACUGGAGGAACCCUUGGUCUGACCAUUGCCAAACGUAUUGAAAUCACAGACUUGCCGCAGCUCGUGGCAGCCUUCCACAGCCUUGUGGGGCUGGCAGCUGUUCUCACCUGCGUGGCUGAGUACAUGAUUGAAUUCCCCCACCUGGAAACCCACCCAGCUGCCGGUGUGAUCAAAACCGUGGCGUAUCUGGGCACCUACAUCGGCGGCGUCACGUUCAGCGGCUCCCUUGUGGCCUACGGCAAGCUUCAGGGCGUCCUGGACUCAGCCCCCCUGCUUUUGCCAGGGCGACAUGCGAUGAACGCUGCUCUAAUGGCGGCAUCUGUGGGAGGCAUGGUGCCCUUUAUGCUAACCUCAAGCUAUGGAACUGGCAUGGGGUGUCUACUGGGAGUGUCUGGGCUUUCCACUGUCAUGGGUGUCACCCUGACAGCAGCCAUAGGGGGCGCUGACAUGCCCGUGGUCAUCACCGUGUUGAACAGCUACUCUGGUUGGGCUCUCUGUGCUGAAGGCUUCUUAUUAGAAAACAAUCUCAUGACGAUUGUCGGAGCUCUGAUUGGCUCUUCUGGUGCCAUCCUCUCUUACAUCAUGUGUGUGGCUAUGAACCGCUCCCUGCCUAAUGUGAUCCUGGGUGGGUAUGGCACCACCUCCACAGCAGGCGGUAAACCCAUGGAGAUUGUUGGUACUCACACUGAGGUCAACGUUGACCAGACCAUUGACAUCGUCAAAGAAGCCAACAACAUCAUCAUCACCCCAGGUUGGGGUCUGUGUGCAGCAAAAGCUCAGUACCCCAUUGCAGACAUGGUGAAAAUGCUGAGGGAACAGGGCAAGACUGUCAGGUUUGGUAUCCACCCAGUGGCCGGUCGUAUGCCCGGCCAGCUCAACGUCCUCUUGGCCGAGGCUGGAGUUCCCUAUGAUGUGGUCCUGGAGAUGGAUGAGAUCAAUGAAGACUUCCCUGAGACAGACUUGACAAUGGUCAUUGGAGCCAACGACACUGUGAACUCUGCGGCACAAGAGGAUCCCAACUCCAUCAUUGCUGGCAUGCCUGUCCUGGAGGUGUGGAAGUCCAAGCAGGUGAUAGUUAUGAAGCGUACCUUGGGCGUGGGCUACGCCGCUGUCGAUAACCCCAUUUUCUACAAACACACAUCUAUGUUGCUAGGAGAUGCCAAGAAGACGUGUGACAGCCUGCAGGCUAAGAUCAGAGAGACUUACUACUAUGACCCUUCAUUAGCUUACCAUCGUGGACAGUAGAUGAGUACAGAUUAGAGGCAGGAUCACACAUAUGAAAUUUCCAGCAUUGACUUUAACGAUACAUAUUUAUAGAAAAAAGGAUUUAAUGUUCUGCAACAAAUAUGAUUCUAUCACUGAAGUGUCCAAGACUCAUAAAUAUGAUGAAAUAUGGCACGUAUAACAAAAGCAUGAUUAUUUACGGAUUUGUAAAUAAAAAUAUUUAAACAUUU